AUGGCUCACCACGCCAGACCUUCCAGAUUAGUCAAAAAGGAAGAGUUAGGCAAAAGGAAAACCAGUGAAGGUAAAAAGAAAUCUAGCCAAGUGAAAAAGAAAGCCAAGAAGAAUUCCAAAAACGCUGUGAGUUCUGGAAAAUGCAAAAAGUCAAUGCAAGAAAAAAAUGAUAUAAAGAAAAAGCAACAAGAAAAGAAACCACCUUUGAGCUCAUCAGUUAGAUUUCUCAGGAGUAGUGUAACUAGAGCUUUAUCUGGAACACCUUGGGUAAAUAUGGAGAAAACAGAUAAUAUUCUCUUUCAUAACCAGGAUUCUUUAAACUUCAAUGGCUUUACAAUGUCUCUUCGUAGCAGAUCAUUCUCUCACAGACUGUCCCAAACUGCAGUAAUUACCAAAAAAAAGAAAGUUACAGCACAGAAAAGAUUAGAAAAAACGGACAAGUAUGAACAAGAAACCCUUACUAUAUUGGAAGAAAAAAAAGUUGAAGCUGCUGAAAGGGUUUCGAAACAAGAUUCAGCACAAAAUGAAUUAACCCCUCUCAACAUUCUAUGUGAUACAGACAUUGAGCCCUCCAUUAAAUGUGACAGUCAAGACAAAAAGAUAGGGAGACCCGAGUCAAGUGUCUCCAUUUCAAAGAGUCUACCAAACAUUUACAAUCCAGAAGUAUUAGAAGAGAAGUAUGAGUGUGAAGAGCCGCCCUGUGGGUGGACAUCAAGUAAGAUCAAUACAGGAAGCUCAGACGAAAGUUUUACUCAGAAUUCUGAGCUUGUUCCCGCACCUUUUCUUUCUGACUCUAUAAUCACCUCUGAAUUAAACACAAAAAAACAUUUAGAAUAUUCAGGCUCAUUUGCAGAAUCCCAUGUAAAGAUGAAGUUAGAUUUGAAGCCUGCUAAUAAAGAACCUGAUUCAAAUUCUGACUCUUUAGUUACCACUGAAUCAAAUUCAAUCGUAUAUUUAGAAGCUUUGGGCUCGUUUGUUGGAUCCCACAUAAAAACUGACUUGGAUUUGGUGCCUGAUAAUAAAGAACCUGACUCAAAUUCUGACUUGUGCUGUAAAAGAGAUGAUUCAGAAUCUGACACAAAAAAUGUAGUCACAGUUUGUGAACCAGUUAAUCUUGCAGUGCAGCAGCCUGUUAAAUACAUUGGUAAAGAAACUUUAUUUCUGGACUCAGGUUAUGUCCCUAUUUCAUCAUCAAACACAGAAAAAAGCAUAGUAGCCUUAGUCUCUACAACAACUGCAGUCUUCAAAGAAAAUACUGGACAUUCCUCUGAACGCUCUAUUUCAGGGUUGUCCUCAAACACAGGAAGCUCCACUCUUACCUCUGACAGUGAGAGAAAUGUACAUUCACCAACUGAUUCAAAACUGCGGCAUAAGGAUUCAUUACUAUCAGGAAGUGUUGGAAUAAACUUGAACUCAGUUCAGGACAACAAGAGCAAUAGCAUCGGUUCUGCUGAGGCUUCAGAACCAUCCUCCUUUACAAACCCAGUUUACAGUUAUCCUCUCUCAUAUUCAUCUUUGCUCCCUAUGUUGGAAAAAAAGAAACGAAGACGGUGUGGGGUAUGUGAACCUUGUCUGCGGAAAACUAAUUGUGAGGAAUGCAGCUGUUGCAGGAAACGCAAAACAAGUCACCGGAUAUGUAAAAAGAGAAAAUGUGAAGAACUGAAAAAGCCGCCACCACCAAUAACGCUACCUUUUGAGGUGCUAACUGAAAACAAAAGGCCUCAGAGGAGAAAGCAAAGAGUUUUAAAGGCAGAUUUAGAAAACAAACCAGUAAAUGGCCUCAGACCAGGACUCAUGGAAUGCAGUAUAUGCGGUCAUGGUGAAAAAUACAGGGUGAAAACAAAUCAAACAGUACCCUUUGAAAAUGUACAGUCUAAUGAAAAAGAAAGCAUGACAGGCUUAGAAGCAGAGAAGUGGACAGAUAAUGAAAAACCAUCAUUUAGCAUCUGUGUCAAUGGAGAUAUCCAUGGAACUGUGACAGAUAAUGAACACCUGAAAAAUUCUGAAGAAGAAAGAGCAGUCUCUCCCAGUGAAUUAGUUGAGCCAAAAAAGUUGUUUGCACAAACCAUUAGAAAUGGCAUUAUAAACAUACAUUAUCCACCAUCAGAAUCUGAUGUGUCACUGACAAAAGUAAUUGUAGAAGAAAGGGCAGAUUUGACAAACAACUGCAGAGAAAACAACUCCCCUUCACAUCAAAUAAAUACUGCUAAUCUGAAUAAUGUUGUAAGCACUUUGACAACUGGUGUUUGCUGUGCUCAUCCAGAAAAACAAGGAAAUGUUUUCCUGAGGCAGAAGUCAAACUGUACCUGCAAGACCUUUGAAGGAUCUGACAAUUCAGUUUUGCAAACUAAUUCCAUUGUGGAUAUACAGGAAAGGUCAUGUUAUACACCUGUGCCUGAAAAGGAAGUCCAUGUUGAAAAAGGUGCUGUUAAAAUACCAAACAAAGAGACACAACUUGAAAACUCCUCACUUCAGCCAACUUUUUUGUCCCUGAUUAAAAACAGAAACUUAACUGUAGAGCAGGUUGUAGCUAUUGAAGCAUUAACAAAAUUAUCAGAAGCCCCAUUAGAAGCAUCUGCACCAGAUAAAACAAAAAAUAUUGAACAUGCAGAACAAACAACAUCCCAUUUAUUCCGUAAUUACAAAAGGGACAUUUCCUGCUCUUUGACUUCUUCUACAUUAAAAGAAAUCAAAGAGACUUACUUACAGAAUGAACAACAUCUCUUGAGUCGCUGUGCUCGUUCACAGAAGCAGCUCCUUAAUAAGGCAGUGUUGUACAAUGGCCAAAGUACUGUUUCUGAACCCCCUGAUAAAUCUGUUAAUACUACCAGUGGAUCAUAUAGAUCAUAUGUAUCCCCAAGAGAGACCAAAUCUUUAUCUGUUUCAGUACCUAAUGCAAAGUCAUCUUCAGGUCAUACUACCAAGAAAAACUCUCUGUAUGAUAAAGUUACCAUUGCUACGUGUUUCAACAAUUCAUGUAAUGCCCAUCAAACAAGUAGCAAAUUGGAGAUUCUGAACCAGUUUGAGAAAAACAAAGCUUAUAAUGAUCUGAACUUGAAAAGUAAUUUUGCAAUUAAGGAAGGAGGAAUUCACAGCCAGGAUGAAGAAGAUGUAGCUACACAGUUAACUCAACUUGCAGCAAUAAUUGAAUCAAAUCAGACAAGUCCAGAGCAGAAGAAUGAUGUAAAGACAUCACUUCUCAGUCUAAUAUCACAUGAGAUUCAGCCAAAACAUAACCAGGACCAGUGCCUACUGAAGAAAAAACAGUCUGUGUUUAUAAGGCACAAUUAUAGCUCAUUGUUAGUAAAGCAAAAACAGCCAACACAUAAAAAAGGAAAAACUGUACCAUGGAAACAAAGACACAAAAAGAAGCCUCAAGUACCGGACUAUCAAGAAAAUAAUCAAAAACAGCAAGAGCAGUUGGCAUACCAGCAUAAUGAGUUGCAGGACAUUUGGAUAACAUCAAAACCACUUGGUCGUACCAUGCCACGGGAUUUGAAAAUAGCUGCAUCAAAAAAAAAAUCUCCCAGAACCAAAGUACAGAAGGAACUGAAUCAAAGUACUUUAUCAUCACAACAAAAAACUAGAUUAUUUCUUCCACAAACUCAGAUAAAAAUCCAUAGACAUCUACCUGAGGUACCAUGGGAGAAAACAAAAGACAAGCUGUUUGGCUGUGAAGUAGUAACUGAGCACAUCAAAACUGUAGGCUCCAGUGACACACAAGGUAUUGAUCCACUGAAAAGUGACAUUGUUGUUACCUCUUCACAAUAUAAUGGCCUGCUUUCCAGUAAUCCUAUGGUUGCUUCACAACUUAAAACUGAAUCGUGUUUAAACAGACCAAGUGAAAAUGUACAGAUGUUUACAGAAAAAUAUAGUAAUUCUCAGGUACAGCAAACAAUGAAUGUCAUUCAGAAGUAUCCCUUGCCUCAAACACUUAAUCAGUCUAACCAGAGAGCUCAUGAGAUAUCUGAUGAAGACCACGCAAAUUUUCAGCAGAAUGCUGCAGAGCAACAAUUGGAUCAGAAGUUGCAAACACUCCCAGUUACCUGUUGUGAGACCCACUUACCCCACACGGUAGAAACUCUCAGGAAUAUAGAUUGUGCAGGUGAAAUUACAGUUCUGACAUCAACAAGUUUGGGUACUGAAAACCCCCAGAGUAUAGGUGACUUGGGAUGUUCUCCGGCAAAGAAUACACUCAGCAGUUUUCUUGAAUCUCCUAUGAAGUUCCUAGACACUCCUACAAAAAAUCUGAUCGAUACACCUACCAAAAAAGGACAGUCUGAAUUUCCAAUCUGUGACUGUGUUGAGCAAAUUAUAGAGAAAGAUGAAGGCCCAUAUUAUACACACCUUGGGACAGGACCAAGUGUUGCUGCUGUCAGGGAAAUAAUGGAAAACAGGUAUGGAGCAAAAGGAAGUGCUGUCAGAAUAGAGGUAGUGGUUUAUACAGGCAAGGAAGGAAAAAGCUCUCAGGGGUGUCCGAUUGCCAAAUGGGUGAUACGAAGAAGUAGUGAUGAGGAAAAGUUGCUGUGCUUGGUUCGUCAGCGUGCAGGACACCACUGCCAAACGGCCGUCAUAGUGAUUCUGAUUUUGGCCUGGGAAGGGAUUCCUCAUCUUCUGGCUGAUACGUUAUAUAAAGAACUGACACAGAGUCUCAGAAACUAUGGCUGUCCCACAAGCCGUAGAUGUGCAUUAAAUGAAGACCGCACUUGUGCAUGUCAAGGACUUGAUCCUGAAACUUGUGGAGCCUCAUUCUCAUUUGGCUGUUCAUGGAGUAUGUAUUUCAAUGGCUGUAAAUUUGCAAGAAGCAAAAACCCCAGGAAAUUUAGACUUCUCACAGAUGACCCUAAACAAGAAGAACAUCUUGAAAAUAAUUUGCAAACUUUAGCUACUGAUGUGGCUCCACUUUAUAAGAAACUUGCUCCUGAUGCUUUUCAGAACCAGGUGGAAAAUGAACACAUGGGCCCAGACUGUCGGCUUGGAUCCCAGGAUGGUAGGCCUUUCUCUGGUGUUACAGCUUGUAUAGAUUUCUGCGCCCACGCCCAUAAGGAUACACACAAUAUGCACAAUGGAAGCACUGUGGUCUGCACAUUAACAAAAGAAGAUAACCGUUCAGUGGGGGUGAUACCGAACGAUGAACAGCUACAUGUGUUGCCUCUUUACAAAAUUUCACAGACAGAUGAAUUUGGCACUGAGGAGGGACUGGAAGCUAAGAUAAAAGCAGGAGCAAUACAGGUGCUUACAGCUUUUCCCAGAGAAGUACGGAUGUUAGCUGAGCCACUUAGAGCUACAAAGAAAAAGAAGCCAGACACAAAGAAGACACAAGUUGAAAAGCAGACAUUAGCAGAUAAGAAAUAUUCAACACCAGCAAAGCUGAAAAUUGGAGCUCCUGAAAAUCUUGGUAAAACUUCACAGUAUUUAGGGAACAAAACAGAUGCUUUGCAACCUGGAAUAAAAAUGGAGACUUCAGAUCACCUUUAUGCCAUGAAACAUACUUCAAAUGCUACUAAAAGUUGCUCUGUAUUAAAACAAUAUACUGCUUCCUCCCCUUUUAAGGUGGAUAGUUUACAUCCUUAUUCGUCAUUAACACAUAAGCCUAGCAUAACAGCAGUGACUGAUAUUCAACAAGAUUUUUCAGUUCCCUACGGGUAUUUUGAAUGCAGUAGUAAGCAACCUCAUGUCACACCUUAUAUUAAAUGUAAGAAUUUUGAUGUGUCAGUUAAAGAUUAUACUGGAAUUUUGCUGAAUGAAAAGAGGAAUGGUGUGCCACCAAUUCUUCCAGAUAUUACAGUUUCAGACCACCCAACCCUUAAAGACCCCCUGCAUAGUAUACUUGAACACCUACCAGAUGACAAGCAAAAUUGUCAACUACAAUUAGAAAAUGCUCCUUCGCAAUCGAUCAACCCUUGUGAUAUGUCGGUACCAUUAAACUCUCCGGUAAAGGAUGUAACCAGAAAUGAAGCUAAAACGUCUCAUAAAUGUCCAGUGGAAAAAGGUGGCUCCCAUCAAGAACAGAUUUGUGAUUCCAAAGCUAGUGAUGAAAAGCAAAGAAAUGUGCUGGCAGAACCAAUGGAUUCUGAAGAAAAAGCUGAUGAAAUGUGGUCAGACAGUGAGCACAAUUUUUUGGAUGAUGAUAUUGGUGGUGUUGCUGUGGCACCUUCUCAUGGUUCUAUCUUAAUUGAAUGUGCAAGACGUGAACUCCAUGCCACAACACCCAUUAAGAAACCAAACCGCAGUCAUCCCACACGAAUCUCUUUAGUCUUCUACCAACACAAAAAUUUAAAUGAGCCAAAACAUGGAUUAGCAAUGUGGGAAGCAAAGAUGGCUGAGAGAGCAAAAGAGAAGGAAAAAGAAGCAGAAAGAUUAGGGACUGAAAAUACUGAACUAAAAUCUAGCAGCAGGAAAACCAAGCAGAGCAGUGAAACCAGAGAGAUUUUCUAUGAAGAAAAUGAGUUCAACCAAAUUCCAUCACGCAGAGCGUUAACAGUAACUCAAGAUAAUGUAAUAACAGUGUCUUCUUAUGCCCUCACUAGAGUUGCAGGGCCCUAUAACCAUUGGGCAUAGGUUUUAGUAGCAGAUGCCUUGCCUUGGUGCAGUGUUAUACAGUAUUUCUUUAAGGUGCUGUUAAAGAACAGAGUCAUGUGUAGUUUACUAUUUGUUCAUCUCAACCAUUUUAAGGCUGAGGUAAAAAUGGGGAUUUAUCUUAAACUGUGACUUUAUAUUUUAACAUUUGGUGGUGCUUGAGCACAUUUUAAGCAAAAAAAAAUUGUAUAGUUUUAAUAUGUUCUAAAAGAAGAUUUUGGUUAGGUUAUUAACCUUGAUUGAAUCAUUCAGUUUAUUACCUUUAGGAAAUUAUAUUUUGGUGCUUUAAAUCAAAUCUGUUUACUACAGAACAAGUCAUUUAUAGGGAUUUUAACAGAUUCACAUUUUAUGAUGUAAAAUCAAAUUAUACAGUGAUAGCUCUACACGGUUCUUGGUGCUUGACCACAUCAAACAGUAAAAAUAAGCUGAAUUAUUACUUCAUGGUGCCAUUGCUCCAACAACUUCCAAUCAUUGCUAAAAAGUCCAAAUUACAGAUAAAUCUUUUAAGAGAACCAAUGAAAUUUUCUCUUUUUAGAGUUUUCAUAAUGUAUAAAAUGAAGUUAUCACUAGUGAUGGCUGGAAGUUGUUUGUAAGCUGUAAAUAUAUAUUUUAAAAGCACUUUCUAUUUUUAAAAUUAACUUGAACUAGUAUAGUACGAGGAUCAUAUUGUCUAAGGUUUGUGCAUACUCUACAGAAGAAAUCAUUUUGUUCUUGCUGUGUAGAUUUCCAUACUGUUACAAUUGCAAUAUGUAUGCUAAUAACAUAUGUGAUUGUUUUUAGACUUUCCCUUUUUCCAUUGAAGAUUUUUAUGUUACAUAUAAACAGAAGAAUAAUAAAAUGCAGAAACUUUUAAUUAUUUACAAAUAUGGAAUGAAGAAACAUCUUGUUCAAUGUGUGUUGCUAUUGGGGAAUUAAAUAAUUAAUUUUUUAAAGACAGAAAUUAUGAUGAUUUAUUUGAGCAAUAAGCACAUUAGUCUCACUCAUCUAAAGCAUUGCAAGUUAUGUGACACAACCAAAUGUUCCUAAUGCCUCAGGGGUAGGAUUGUUUUGGGAUUUAAAAAAAAAAAAAGUACCCCUAGAGUUGCCUUACUCUGUUCUGAAAAAAGUUAUAAAAAUGACAAAUUAAUUGUUAAAAAAGUAAGAAAUUUUCAAUAUCUAAUGUUUAACAGCAAGUUUUAUUUGAUAAUUCCCUUCCAGAAUGUUCACUAGCUAAUAAGAAUGCUUUUUCAGUUCAGUGGGGGUUGUUGUUGUUGUUGUUUUUACAAGCAUGUUUUGUAUCAUUUUUAACAAUGAUUUAUUUAUACAUUUCAUAUGGGAACAGUUGUUAGUUCCAAACAUUUGAAUUUAUGUUCUGCAUUUCAUUUGGAAAAUUCACACAUCACCAAAUGAUUAUGGUUACAUUUUGCUAAAUGAGGAAAAGUAGACACUCCAUUCAUAAAUAAUGUAGCAUCCAUCCCACUCUUCUUUCUCUGAUUCUAGUCUCCUCCUCAUUUCUGUUUUAUUAUUUAUUUAUUGAAUCAAAUAAUCACCAGACAAAAAAAUAGUUUAAGUAAGGACCUUGUCCUGCAAGCCUUACUCACCUUCUCAGUCCAAUUAAAGUCAGUGGGACUACCCAAGUAAGGCCUACUCUUGUGCAUAAUGGUUGUGGGAUAAGAUCCUACGGGUCAAGCUCUACCUUAAUUUUACCUGUGAAUACUCACAGUGUAUGUAAUCCCAUAGAUGUAACUGAGGUUAGUAUUUUCUAUUGAGAUCUUAUACCAGUAAUAUACUUGAUAAUACUAUAAUGCAGUGGUGCUGUAACAAAAGUAAUCUGAAAUGUCUAGAUCCACUUUAUCUAAUACCUAGACAAGGUGCUUUUUUCUUGAAAAGUUCUAUAAUAAUUGUGAUAUUUACAGUUUUGGUACAAAGAAUAUGUGAAUUUUAUUUUUUACACACAGUGCUAACUAGAACCCUGAUCCUGAAAAUACUUACAGGUAGGAGCAGGUCCAAUGAAUUCAGUAUUUGCGGGAUCAAGGCCUAAAGUUGCAAUCACUAUGUAAUGAUAUUGGGCUAAACCUAAAAUCCUUAUGUACACUGACUAUUGAAAUUAACAGGAAUUUUGAUGGAUAAGGACAGGAGGAUUGGACCCAUUCUUUGUAUUUUAUCUAACUCAAAGUAAAAUUUGUGAAGACCCCAUAUGCUGCAAAUUUUAGUUUAAAGCCUGUUAGUUCAAGUACAGGAUAUGAAGGGAUUAUAAAUAAUAAAAAUGUCAAUAUUAUGCCAUCAUUUUGUACCAGCAGUUUUCUGCUUCUUGAAUAUGUAAAGUACAGUAUACAUUAAAUCAUUAUGGUAUUUUGUGUGCCUUAGAUUUCCAUUUUAAAACUUGUCUAUUUUUUGUGAGGCUAAAAAUUACAGCUGUAUAUACAGUAAGUAGUAUACUAAGUUGCUCCAGCAACAUAUUUGCUAUCUUAGUACCCUUGUUUAGCACCAUGGUCAAUUAUCUAUCAAAAGGAUUACUUUGCUACUAGUAAGUGUCACUGAUAACACUGAUAGAUUUAGACAUAUUAUAACUUCACAAUAAUUUCACUGUGCCAUAUGCAUGUAUAGUGCAGAAUUAAGGAAUUCUUUAUUUCUCAGCAAUUCUACUAAAUACCAUUUUUAUGUCAAAUUUAAUAGGAAAAGUUUUAGGGCCUUUAUUCUGCUUACAAGAAAUAUUAAAAUGGCUGGAAUUUCCAUUUGAAUCCUUCCAGACCUUUAGGCUUGUGUGUGAUUAGGCAGUUCAAGUGCUAAAAACAAUUAAUAGAGAAAACACCAGUUUCCUCAAAUACCUGAAAAGCAGAAUAGGUGCGUCUUAAAUGGCAUCUUUAAGUAUGUUUGUCUUUUACAAGGCACUUCUCAAUUGACUAUCAGUAGGGACUCAGCAAGACCAACAGGGAAAUCCAGCUCUAAUAGAUUCAUAAUGGCAAUGUUAAAAGAGAACAGUAUGUCUGAAAAGCAAAUAUUUUCUAGUAAAUAUAUUGCAGUAUGAGAAAUGCAUCUAUUUACUGUAUUUACAGCUGUGUGUAUUUAUUGUAACAUUUCAGAAUAUUUAUCAGUCUUGUGCACACAGAUCAACAUUGUAUUGAGUAAGAUUGUACUUGCAACAAUAUUGUCCUCUUAAAAGUUAUGAAUUUUAGGAAGUGACUCUUUACCUUCCAUCCCACACAACUGCUCUAUGAUUUCCUCUCACCCUCAUAGACGCAUAAACUUUAAGGUCAGAAAGGACCAUCAUGAUCAUCUAUUCUGACCUCCUGCACAUUGCAGAAGCAGGAUCUUUCCAGAUUGGCCAGCCAGGUCAGGAACCACAUCUGAA